UUGAUAUCUAUGAAUUUCUUUAGAUCUGGUUGAUGGUGUUUAUUUGCUGGAAGCAAAUUAUGCACGGUACAUGAGACACUCUAAAGAUGUCUAAGUACAUGAGAUAGAUUUCUGACAAAUCAGAGAAUACGUAAACACAUAUAUUAUUCCAAACAAACAAACACAUUUUUUUUAAAUACACACGGCAAAGGGAGGUAAUGCUGUUUUAUUAAGCUUGCAGAGAACGAGAGAAGCCGUGUUUCAAACUGCAAAUCGUGGACAGAUCCUUUACAGCGAUCAAACAUAAGAAAGCAAAAGAGUAACUAUUGCAUUUAGUUUUUUAUGUCGGACCGAAGCCUGAGCUAACAGACAUUGAUUGGUAGAUCGAUUUAAAAAAAAAUUUUGGAGCUUACUCUUCGUGCAACAAAACUUGGUGUGACGAUGUGAUUGAGAAAGACCGAAUCAGCAAACUGUUGAUAUUUGAAGUAGUAAGCAAGUAAGUUUCAAAAUAUUUAUAACCAAGUAACGCACCAAGGAACAAACAAAAAAAUCAGUUAAAGGCUUUUAACAGUUUGGCAGGUGUAUCACUAAAAUGGCAGAAAAGGCAGUUGAACAGCUGAUAUAUGAGCUGUCUCUAUCUAAGGUGGAAUUAGAUGAGCUGAUUUCCUCCAUAGUAGACAACAUGGGACAAGAGGUAGAAAACAUUUCCACCACCACAGAGUAUCAGGACACAAAUGCACUCAUCAACAAAGCAGAAAGAAGAGCAAAGGAUAUCAACAAAAGUUUCCUUCAGCUUGAAGCAAAAGCAGAUGCCUAUAUGGAAGAGAUGAAAACCGAAGAGAAAGAACUAGAAGAGCAAGUACGCCAGAGAGAGGCUGAGGUAGCUGCAAGCUGUCAAAUUAUUGAUGAUGAUAGUGACGAUGAUGUAACGAUAAUAGAUUCCACAUUUGAACCCCGGAAACGAGGUGCUCCUUCACCUGUUGGAGGAAGGCGAGCAUCUGUUCCUCCUUUGAAACAAAAGCCCUUGCCACCACCACCUCCGCUGCUGACCAAGGAACAGAUGUCAUCAUCAGCACCAAAAGUAGAGAUGCUUGGUGCCAGUCCUCCACCACUCACGAUGAACAUCGGUGGCACCGUUGUUCCUACAGCAGAUGAUGGUGUACCCAAUAUGGAACACCUUCGAGCAGCAUUGACAAAUGCACUCAAUCGCCAGGUUGCACCAUCAGCAGCACCACAGCAAUUGGCAGACAGUAAACUUCCGUCUGAGAUAUAUGUCUAUCCACCACCCAAAGUCAAGAUUUUAAAUUUUGGGAAUAAAGAACAGACAAGCAAGGAAGGGGAGCUGGCACCCAAGCUUCUCAAGCUGAAUGUGACCACCUCGGCAAGUACUAGCUCUGCAUCUCAAAGUGUCUUGGGUACUAUGCCAACUGUUUGGAAAGAGAUAACAACUGGCAGCAAAGUCCUGGCCAAGAAGUUCAAUGAUAUUUGGUACUCAGGGGUUGUCACUGAUGUGCAGAAGCCAGAGAACACAAAGCACCCUGGAGAAAAGCCAGAGAACACAAAGAACCCUGGAGAAUGGAAGUACCGUGUAAAAUUUGAUGGGAAAGGGUUAAAAGUUCUUUCUGGUCACCAUAUUGCGUAUCGAGAACCUAUCUCCUGUUUCCUCAAAGUGGGUACACGAGUGGCUGCUCUGUACAGGGAUGAUGAAACAUCAUCUGGGAGUUCUUUUUAUGCUGGAAUAGUGGCUGAGGCUCCUAGUAUCAAGAACAACAAGAGGUUUUUGGUAUUCUUUGAUGAUGGAUAUGCACAGUACUGUGUGGCAAAGGAAUUGCAUAAAGUUUACUAUCAGAGUGAAAAUGUAUGGGAAGACAUUCAUCCUGAUUCUCAAGAAUUUAUAAAAGAAUAUCUCAAGCAGUAUCCUGAGCGACCAAUGGUGCGAUUAAUGAAAGAUCAAGUGGUGAAAACGGAAUGGAAUGGGCGUUGGUGGACAGCUAAAGUGAUGGAGGUAGAUGCCAGUUUGGUAAAGAUGUAUUUCCAGGCUGACAAACGCACGGAAUGGAUCUACCGUGGGUCUACACGAUUAGAGCCCCUCUUCAAAGCUUUGGCAAAUGCUGAAGCAAUAAAGGCAGCAGGAAGUUCCAAAGGUCGGCGUCUUAACAUGGACCCUAAAGGACAAAAGCGACCCACAGUUGAAUACACCAGAAGUGGUACUGAAGAUGAAAUAACCAAACGAGCUGCCUCCACGCCCACCACAACAAGCUCAGCACCAGCCAGUAAGCCUCCUUUAAAGAUGCCUUCUGUUGGAGGUGACAAGAAACGCUCAGUGGCUAAGAAGAGUACUGGGGGUAGUGCCAGCAAGAUGAUGGUGAGCAAGCCUCGGCCAGCCAACAUAAUUGAGGACGAAUUUGGGCCAUCUCCGGACUGGGAAGCUCCCUGGCUAAAACACCGUCGACAACCAGCUCAGCGCAGCAAAUCAUCCGAGAGUAAUGUUGGUGCAGAACGGUACCAGGCAAGCAGCAUCAGCAGCAACAAGCAGGGCUGGGACAUGGCAAGUGUGCUGCAGGAGCGCCUGGCAUCAGCUGUUGAACAAGUUGAUGAUGGCGAAGCCCUUGGAGAACAUAUGGACACCCUCAUUGACACCAAAGACAAAGUGCGCAAAAAAAUGGUACCUCAUCCGUGUGGUCCCACAUGUGCUAGGGACUCAGAAGAGGAACGAGAUAAACACAAAGGAAAGAACCCACUUCUUAUUCCAUUGCUGUGUGGUUGGGAAAGACAGAUCUGUAAGAUGCGACCUAGUGGGCGGAAGUGUGUUAUAUACCGAGCUCCAUGUGCUCGUCGACUGCGUACUUUAGAAGAGUUGGACAAAUAUCUAAGCCUUGUGGAUUCACAUCUAGUUAUCGACUUCUUUUGUUAUGAUCCUUGGCUACAUGUGCACACUGAGUUUGUCCCUGUGAAGACAUUCUGUGACAUCAAAGACCUGUCUUAUGGAAAAGAGAACGUACCUAUAUCAUGUGUAAAUGGGAUUGACCGACAGUAUCCAGACUAUGUAGAAUACUCCAGCCAACGCAUUCCCUCCAAAGGGGUGAAAAUAGAAUUUGAUGAAAAUUUUCUUCAAUGUUGUGACUGCACAGACAACUGCUGGGACCGGUCAAAGUGUGCUUGUCAGCAGCUGACUGUAGAGAACACAACAUGGAUUGGGGAAAAAGAUCCCAAUGCUGGCUACCAUUACAGACGUCUCCGUGAACCAGUUUUUACAGGUGUUGUUGAGUGUAAUUCCCGGUGCAAAUGCGACUACCGCUGCAGGAAUAGAGUGGCACAGAAUGGGCUGAGCUGCCGCCUGCAGGUCUUUAAGACAGAGAAACGAGGAUGGGGGCUGCGCUGUUUGAACGACAUACCAAAAGGUGGCUUCAUCUGUAUCUAUGCUGGUCAGCUGUUGACAGAUAAAGGGGCUAACGAUGAUGGUAAGCAGUACGGAGAUGAGUAUCUAGCAGAGCUGGACUUCAUUGAGGUAGUAGAGCGACAGAAAGAGGGUUACGAGAGUGAUGUGCGUGACCCAGAAUCAGAGGAUGAUACCAACGUACCAGCCAGCCUUGUUGGGGAGGAUGAUGAUGAAGAUGAAGACUUUCACAGCAACUCAGCGGGUGAUGGUGUCUCAUCUAGCGACAGUGACUUUGAGGGUGGAAACUCAAACAAAGUGGAGCACAAGGUCCAUGCAACAAGGAGACAGAAGAUUCAAGAAUCCCAGUCAGAAAAAGAGAGUAAACCCUUAGAAAAGCUAGUUCUGAAGCGGGACUCUGCUGAUGGGCAAGAAUGGACAACAGAAAAGAAGACAACAGAGUGGAUGGGCAAAAUGGAGGACUCACCUAUUGAGAUUCCCAGUGAUAACGAUGAGGAUGACGAUGACGAUGAUAUCGACACAAAGGAGACAAAGCCAAUGCCAAUUGAAGAUGAACUGCCAGACCUGGAUGUACCUCCAGUCAAAGAAGAGAAGAAAGAACAGCCCAGAGUCAAAGAGGAAAAAGUCAAGAAAGAUGAAAAGGUAGCAGAUGGUGGCAAUGAGAACAAGUUGAUGCGAAGAGCCCGCAAGAGCACAGGAGGCUCACGCUUCAAAAACCUUCCCAACCCCAAGGCUCACCAGUCUAUUCCAGAAAAGGAAGAGGAGGAGGAAGUGAAGCAAGGAACGAGAGCGCUGUUCCAUGACGGCUCCUCUUGCUACAUCAUGGAUGCUAAAUCCAUGGGCAACAUUGGCCGCUAUCUUAAUCACAGUUGCACUCCCAACGUGUUUGUGCAAAAUAUUUUUGUGGACACUCACGACGUGCGGUUUCCCUGGGUGGCUUUUUUUGCCGGGCAGUACAUCCGUGCUGGCACUGAGUUGACAUGGGACUAUAACUAUGAGGUGGGUAGCGUACCAGACAAGGUACUCUACUGUUACUGUGGCUCUCCCAUGUGCAGAGGGCGGCUUUUGUGAAGAGACCAGACAGCAAGAUACGAAUCGAUUCCUCAGAUGCUAUUGCUACCAACUGCUAUUGUGCUGUUGACAAAAGUAGCAGCAAAAAUAUCUUUCAGAUGAGAGUUAGUCUUGCAAAGAUUUUGUGAGUCGUUGGGAUCAAAUUCAACUUUGGCUUAAACAUCAUUUAUCAUUGUCAGUGUUUUGUAAAACGGUCUUCUUUCAAAUAUAAGAUCUUAAUUGCUUUACGCUUGCUUUUUCUUACGGAAACCACUGUCCAAUUUUAUUAGGCUACAAAUUUCUUGUGCUAACGAGUUAAGGAAACCUGAAGGGAAGCCUUACCUAAUCAGAGGAAAAGAUAUUUGCUUUUGGAUUCAGUUCAAACAUAGCAGGAAUUAAGCACUUGAUGUUGAGACUUUAUGUUUCAUCAGUGAUCAUAUCAACGAGUUCUUUAUAAAGGAUGCAGGGACAUGAAAGUCAUUCAUUCUAUGUAGACACUAAAAUCCUGAGAUGCAGCCAUUUGCUAUAAUGUGCAUGUCACUACUACCGAACAGUUGGUGGCGCGGUGAUUAAAACAUAUCACCGUAUUGAUGUCUUUGGAUACGGCACCUGUUUACAUGGCUAAGCAUUGGUGCUUUUUUACUGAGUACUUGGCUUCCCCCUACCCUGUGUGUUCAUCGCCAGGAGAUGCAGGGGCUUGGACAAAUAGAAUUGUGAGAUGUUUCCAAACCAGCAUAACAUCAUGUGGUAAUAAGUAACGUGUUGUAAUACUGUAAAUAGUAGAAUGGCUUCCGAAUGAUGAUAAAAAAAACAAAACUGGACAAGAGUGUAAUUCUAGUGAGUGCACCAUGAUAAAUGUGUCAUGUACAGGUAACAGUGUUAUUAUAGGCUACAGGCUGGUUAAUGUACAUUCUUACCUUUCUCAGGAAAAAACCAUGGUGGAAGUUAAUUAACUCGUUUCUGGUUCACUUAAUAAUGGUAUGAUGAUCAAAAUUUUCCCAUACUAUAUAUACAGCACGCAGAUUUCACAAGUCCUUACCUUUCAUUAAGUUCGCAUUUUGAAAUUUCUAUAAUGUGAACAGCAUUAUGCACAGGAGCCCCUGCAGGUGCAGGGCCUUGGGCGGUGACCCCUGCUCGCCACCCCAUAUACUAGCCUUGGCUGUUGUAUGCAUUGUGUGUUGUAUGCUAUAUUGUGUUAAUAAGUGUGUAUGAUGGUGCAUUUUAUGCUUACCCUAAAAAGAUAUGUGCUGGGGAAUUUUCCUGUACUUUGUAUGUAAAGCUUUGAGCUUGGCUUUGGUGCCAAGGCAAGAGGCUGUAUAAAUGUAUCAUCAAUGGGCUGUCACAAUAAAUCCACAGCCAAAAAAAAAAGUGGCAGACCUCUUCCUCCAGUUGGAAAUGCAGACCUGCUGCUCCAAGUGACCCACUUUUGCUAUUUGGUCCAUAAUCCCAAACAAGAAUUAUGGAAGAAAACAUUAGUGACUGUCCUUUGUUGCCUGCUUGUACGGAGGUUCCUUGGUAAUGCCCAAGUUAAGAGGAGCCUUGAAGGAAAUUGUAAUGGAGGUGGUUGUGUUUUUAAAACAAGUUAAUCUUGCCAUUUUUGCGGCUAUAUGCUCCUCAAGGAGUAACAAGGAGCAAAACACAUCUUGCCAUUUCUGCUCAAGCACAAAUAAUGUUUACAUUCUUGCUUAUUUGGAUUUCAUGCCCCUAUUGAUGCUUCCCUUUUUCUUGUGUUCAUGCUAUUUAACCAUUUAUUGCCACCACCAAAAUCUGUUCCAGACUGAUUUCUUUUAAUCAUCCCUCCUUGUUCUGGGUUAUGCUGGACAACUGAUAAAUGGUAACUACUAGGCCAGUUUUAAUUUUUCUGAUGUAUGUAUAAAGUUUUCAGCACAGAAUUUCAUUUGUGAAACAUGUUGGACAAGAAAUAAAAAUUGUAUGCUCUAUGUUUAUAUAAAAA